ACGAGCCUUAAGCAAGCACACCAUGGACGACACCACCCGCCCUCCAGUGCGGUUGCAGGCUAUCUCGUCUAAACCAUUGUCACUAAAAGACACUCAACGCCACCUAGACGAGUUCCUAAGUGACCUGAAAAGGCGCAACGCGUUCGCAAAAGGCUUAGAUUCCACCAUUAUCUCUCAAUUGGAGAAACUCAAUAAUGCUCUUGGAGAAGAACGAGCUCGAGAACGCAAUGACAGGUGAUAACCAAGGCAAGUAUGACAGCAGUACAUUGCGUUUAUCGUGUCCCAAUGGUUUUUUCCCCCUUAGUCUUACAGGGUGCCAAGGUUCCCAGCGAAUCCAUAACCUCAGCGGUGUUCCACUGCUGAUCGGUGUCGCAUGAUCCACUUGGAGGCUCGUUCAUUGAUCUUUGUUCCGGGUCAAGGAGUACUCGUUAUUUACAGAUACUGUAUAACACUCAUAGAUAGCGAGCGUCACUCGACA